UUGCAUUGUGGGAUACUGGAGGACGGCGGCUCUCCGGCCCAGCGUGAGCCUGCGAUUCAUUCUGAAACAUUCGCUUUAUUUUAUUUCUGUGUGUCAUAAUUUAAUUUAUUUUCUUUUUAUAUUUUAAACUCGACAUGGCCAAACCCAAACUCGUGGUGUUUGAUUUAGAUUACACGCUGUGGCCGUUUUGGGUGGACACGCACGUGGACCCGCCCUUUCACAAAGACAGAGAAAGUAAGGUGAUUGAUUCCCGGGGUCACCCCAUUCGCUUGUACCCUGAAACAGUUGAAGUGCUGCGAUCUCUGCACGCGGGUGGGAUUGCUAUCGCUGCAGCUUCACGAACUGGCGAAAUCAAAGGAGCCAAUCAGCUGCUAGAUCUUUUUAACCUCGACCAAUACCUGUCUCACAAAGAAAUAUACCCCGGGUCAAAGGUCACACACUUUAAAAGAAUCCACGAGCAGAGUGGAGUUGAAUUUAACCAAAUGCUUUUCUUCGAUGACGAAAAUAGAAAUAUCGUUGACGUCAGCCGAUUAGGUGUUUUGUGUGUUCUGGCCUCUAAUGGAGUGAAUCUGAAACUGCUUGAAGACGGACUGAAAAAAUUCAGCCUUCAAAUGCAAAAGUGACUUUUUUUUUUUUGAACUGCAGAGUCACCUUGUCUUGUUCAAUCUGACAGUAAAAUAUCCAUCCUCGUUCUUGUCGUGGGCCUGGGCAGAGUCUGGCUGUACACAGGGCGAUGUAAAACACUGAUAAGCAACCCUGGACACAGUUUCACAAUCCAGUAACAGAGGGAGCAAAUCUGACUAUUAUUUUUCAACGUGUUUAUUUUUGAGUAACAUAACGUAAACAUUUUAUUUGAAAAAUAAAACAGACGGAAAAUAUCUGAGUGUCGUUUCAACUGAACUUCCUUCAUAGUUUUGUUAAUUUUUUGGGAGGGGUGUGGGUGGGAGGCAUUUCUGAACAUCGUAAUUACAGGCACUUAAGACUGCAGUUGAACAGAAACUCAGCUGAGCCCACCAGCUAACUUGACUUGGGCGAAAUAUUUCACAGAGGCUUAAUAAAAAUUAAAAAAAAAAAAAAA